AAAGAGGUGCAGAAUCUUAUAAACAAUGCCCACAAUUCUGGCCGAAAUAUCGCCGCCUUUAUCGCCGAAUCAAUGAUCAGUUGCGGCGGACAAGUAGUACUGCCCCACCAUUUCCUCAAGACUGCAUACAAGUAUGUGCGCGAAGCCGGGGGUGUUUGCAUCGCCGACGAGGUUCAGGUGGGCUUUGGUCGCACCGGACAUAUGUGGGCCUUCGAGACGCAGGAUGUCGUGCCAGACAUUGUCACCAUUGGAAAGCCCAUCGGAAACGGACACCCAAUCGCAUGCGUUGUCACGACACCGGAAAUCGCCCGCAGUUUCCAAAAUAUCGGAACAGAAUAUUUCAAUACAUACGGCGGAAAUCCCGUCUCUCUGGCCAUCGCUAACGGAGUGUUGGAUGUGAUUGAAAACGAGAAUCUUAGAGAACACGCCAUAAAAGUGGGCGCUUUCAUGAAGAAGGGAUUGAAUGCGUUAAAAGAUGAGUACCAAGUGAUCGGUGAUGUGCGCGGAGAGGGACUCUUUCUCGGCGCCGAACUCGUGGUGAGCCGCAAGACUAAAGAGCCGGCGACUCCUUUGGCCGAAUACAUAGUCAGUCGCUUCAAAGACCACAAGAUAUUGAUGAGCACUGAAGGAAAGUACGGAAAUGUACUCAAAUUCAAGCCUCCGAUGCCGUUCUCCAUCGAAAACGCCGAACGAUUUUUCCACGUUUUUAAAGGCAUUCUCGAAGAGGUGUAUAAUCAGGACAAAGGCGUCAAUUAUCUCUCUUCCCGUUCUUCGGAGUCGAGUAACGAAUCACUCGACUCUUUGGUCGAGAGUUUAAGCAUUAAUUCAGAUGACGAGUCC